CGCCUACCACUUUUUACAACCACCAACCAAAACCCAGACAAAUACAAACACACUCAAAGCCCCCACCACAAGUCAACAACAAACCCUCCAAACAAAAACCACCAAAAUGCGCUUCUCGAUCGCCGUCAUCGCCACCGCAUCCCUGGCCAGCUCGGCCGCCGCCGCACCUGUGACCAACCUGUUUGACGCCCUCCUGUUGCCCAAGGCGGGCCGCGGCUGCCAGCCCUGGUUGGAUUUGAACUCGGGCAGCUACGCCUGCAGGGACCGCGAGAUGUUCAACUGCGACGGGAGCAAAACGUGGGUGCUCCUGUCGACGUGCGGAGAGGGCACCAAGUGCGAAAAGAGCUCCAGCGGCGGCGUCAACUGCGUCGUGGCUUGAGGAGGGGAGCUGAAGUUUUUUUUUUGCG